UCCCACGAGGUGAAGAUGCUGCAGGCGGAACCUGGCGGGGAGAGCGGGAUUCGGGGGCGCUAAAGUCGCACGGGCAGGGCGGGAAGGAAGAUCCGGAGCGGUGCACAGGAUCCGGAGCUGGAGCCCCCAGCACCUGCCCUCGUGAAGAAGAGCGUGGGUCCAGGCAAGCGAGGCCGGCUCCAUGUAUCCGGAAUCGACCACGGGCUCCCCGGCUCGGCUCUCCCUGCGGCAGACCGGCUCCCCCGGCAUGAUCUACAGUACUCGGUAUGGGAGCCCCAAAAGACAGCUCCAGUUUUACAGGAACCUGGGGAAGUCGGGCCUGCGGGUGUCCUGCCUGGGGCUCGGAACAUGGGUGACCUUUGGAGGCCAGAUCACUGACGAGAUGGCGGAGCAGCUAAUGACCUUGGCCUACGACAACGGCAUCAACCUCUUCGACACAGCGGAAGUCUACGCAGCCGGCAAGGCGGAAGUGGUUUUGGGGAACAUCAUCAAGAAGAAGGGAUGGAGGCGCUCCAGCCUCGUCAUCACCACCAAGAUCUUCUGGGGCGGAAAAGCAGAGACCGAGAGAGGCCUUUCCCGGAAGCACAUCAUAGAAGGUCUCAAGGCCUCCCUGGAGCGGCUGCAGCUGGAGUACGUGGACGUGGUGUUCGCCAACCGCCCGGACCCCAACACGCCCAUGGAAGAGACCGUGCGCGCCAUGACCCACGUCAUCAACCAGGGGAUGGCCAUGUACUGGGGCACGUCGCGCUGGAGCUCCAUGGAGAUCAUGGAGGCCUACUCCGUGGCCCGGCAGUUCAACCUGAUCCCGCCCAUCUGCGAGCAGGCCGAGUACCACAUGUUCCAGCGCGAGAAGGUGGAGGUGCAGCUGCCCGAGCUCUUCCACAAGAUCGGGGUGGGCGCCAUGACGUGGUCCCCUCUGGCCUGUGGCAUCGUCUCCGGGAAGUACGACAGCGGCAUCCCGCCCUACUCCAGGGCGUCCUUGAAGGGCUACCAGUGGCUGAAGGACAAGAUCCUGAGUGAGGAGGGCCGGCGCCAGCAGGCCAAGCUGAAGGAGCUGCAGGCCAUCGCCGAGCGCCUGGGCUGCACCCUCCCGCAGCUGGCCAUAGCCUGGUGCCUGAGGAACGAGGGGGUCAGCUCCGUGCUGCUGGGCGCCUCCAGCGCCGACCAGCUCCUGGAGAACAUCGGUGCGAUCCAGGUCCUUCCCAAACUGUCGUCUUCCAUUAUCCACGAGAUCGAUAGUAUUUUGGGCAAUAAACCCUACAGCAAAAAGGACUACAGGUCCUAAGACGCCCCUCGGCCGGCCCGGACACUUUCCGCUCCCCCCUCCCGUGUCUCUGUCCUCCGCUCGCUUACGCUGUCUGCAGCCAAGUCAGGGACGUGGUUGGCAUCGAGACGACGACCACGCGCCAGGGCGUCAUCGGGAAGGCAUCCCGGAGGUGGCUGCCACACUCCAUCCCCUGCUUUGCGGGACCCACGGCGGGCCGGGGCGACGGCACUGAGGACCCGAAGGGCGGCCUCGAGGUCCCACCCAAGCCUGCGGCCGCCGCUCACCCUCCAAGAAGAAACCAGCCCAUUUCCUCCCAGCCGGAGCCCUUCUUGGAGACCCCUCAAGGCCUGGCCCGGCGGACCAGUGGGGCCUGGGGACAGGCAGGGCCGGCCUCUCCUCCACCAAGAACCCGCCCCCCCCCCCCCCCCCCCGCCCCUGGUGCUGGGGGAAGGGAAGAGGAAACCCCGCCCAGUCUUCCUGUGGCCUCCUUGCAGGGGUCUCCCGCUGACCAAGGGCUCCAGGCACUUUCCAGUGGGCCCGACCUCAGCCGCUUCCCCACCCCUUCUGCACCACCACCCGCUCCAGGGGGUCACUUCAGGGCGCCCUCCAUGCCGCCCUUAACCCCUGCCUCCUCCCUGGCUGGCAGGGGCGGGGAUCCAGGGGGACUGGCUCUGCAGUUUGGGACCCACAAAAAGCUUGGGGGUCUGGUUUCAAGUUCCUUGCCCCACGUCUUACACCCUGCACAGUGGAUGAGCCCCUGGCCAGGGCGGCCAGUGCGCUGGGCAGGGGGCCGGUGGAGUGGGCUCCAGCCUGGGUCCCUCCAGGGCCCCGCCUGCCCUCCCCACCAGGCGCCCAGCCACCACCCCCAUCCUUGCCCCAGAAGCCCCCCGGUUGCACGUGCUGAGCUGGACAGCGGCUGCCCACCACUCACAGGAGAGGGGGCCUCUGCCCUCCCUGCCCAGGGUGGCCCGGGGGUGUGCUGAGGGAACAGGCUCGGACUCUUUUGGGGUGGCUGCGGGUCUGCACGCCCAGCAGCAGCCCCAAAAUGGAGGACAAGAUCCCCAGACCUCCCCCAGAGGAGCCCCUGGGAGGCCUCGGACCAUGUGGGGUUGGCGCGUCCCCCCUUGGGGUGCCAAGUGUCUCUGUGCUCAGAGCUUGUGACCUGGGCAGACGGGCAGCAGUGCCAGACACCCCUGGGGCCUCCCCACACCCUGGGGCAGAGGGGAAAGGCAGGACAGACUGCCGGCCCCCGCACCCCCCACCUCACACUCAGCCCAGGGGCGGGCACAGCAAGCCCUGCUUCCCCGGCAGCCAAGGCCGCCCCAGGGGCCACCCUUCUCCAGGGGCUGCCAGCAGCGCUGGGCGGGCUGGGCCAGAGACGCUUGGAGAGAACCUCAAAGGCCGAGAGGGGGCAGGGCGGACACCUUUCCCCACCCCUGACCUUUGCGCUGACCCCGGAGUCUAACACCUCCCCCCUCCCUGUAAGCCAGGGCCUUCGGGGCUCCUCUCCAACCAGCCUCCUACAAGCUCCCCCCGGGGCAACGCCUGUCCCAGCCCGGGUGCUGGGCCCCUCCGCACUGCUGCCCCCAGACCCCCUACUGUUGGGACAGGGGCCAGGCUGGCAGCGGGCCGGCGGUGGGGACGGCUGCCCCUCGAGCCACCCCUGGGAAGGCCAAGCCCCUGUCGGCGGCUUAAUGGCCAAACGGAGGGAGACGAGGGCCCCCAGGGCGGAGCUCGGCAGGGCCCAGCAGCCCCGGCCCUGGGUCCGAGGUGUCCUGUCCCUCCACACCCACUGCUUCUGGGGGACGGCCCCUGUGCUUAGGGGGGCGCCGGAGUCGGCGGAAGGAAGCUGGACGGAAGCCCAAAGGCAGGCAGAGUCCGGAGAGGAGGGUGAGGUGGCCCCCGCUGUGGCCUGGGCCCCGGACGAGGCCCCAGGACUAGACCGGGCCGGGUCUGUCUUCCUCGGUAACCACAGAGCCGCACCAUCUCCCGUCCCACACCUGCGGCCAGAGCCGAGGCCCCGAGGGCACCGGGGAGGGCUCCGGCGGCCUCUGUCCUCCUCCAGCCCCGUCCGUCACGCGCUUCCUCCCACCCGCCUCUUUCGAUGCCCGCGGUCCCCUCAGCUACGUGCCCCCCCACCUCUGCAGGCGAGACGACACCCCGCCGAGACCCCGGCACCGUAUUUAUGGAAUGACCAAAUAAAACCCAAGCCCGUCGGGUC